AUGAUGUUCUACCGACUCUUUUCCCUGCUCUGGGCACUUACUCUAUUCUGCGCCGUCACUGCGAGUCAGAGUCCUGUGGAAGUCGCAGUGCGAAACAGUCCUGGCAAGACAACCUCGGAUACGCUACGGGCGAUUCGGCGAUAUCUAUACCAUGCCAGGGUCCAAGGCAGGGAAGCAAAGUUCAGCAACAGCACAUCACUGGACAAAAGCUUCAACAACGCCGUCCUCUUCAGAUUUGAACACUCGGGAGAGGCCGGAAAAGCCGACGUCUCGGCGCAGGGCGGCAUCAAGAUCGUCUGCACGAGAUGCUACAUCAAGGGCAGGGCGAGCGCCCAUCUCACAGUGGACGGCACCUUCAACGCGACCCAGGUGGCCAAGGACAUCGGGAACGAGUUCGAGGAGACCUUCGACAACAUCACGACGUACGCCAAGGACUACGUUUCCGGAGUCGCCAAGAAGCUGGCCGACGGCCUGGACGCCGACGACUUUGACUUCCCGCCCCUGAACAUCACCUUUGAUGUCGACGUCCCCGCGUUCCCGUCCGCGAGGCUCGGGUUCGGGUUCGACGAUCUCGAGCUGUACAUGCAGCUCGACACCACCCUCUCUGCCGGCCUGAUGUACACGCUCAACUUGUACACCUCGACGACGCCCCUGGGGUCCAAAAUCGGCAAUGACCUGCUUCUGGGGGUUGUGUUCGCGGUGGAUCUCAUCUUGAGCGUCGAGAGUGAGAUUCAGAUGAGCAGCGGGUUCCACAUCAGGAUGGACGACGGCGUCGGCUUCGACAUAGCCCUGUUCUCCAAGAACGUCUCGAGUGUGAACUUCAACGGCGGCCAGUUCGAGUUUCUGCCAGUCGUCAUCGAGAGCGCAGGCGCCGCGCUGAAAGCGAUUCUCCGGGUCGGCAUCAGCGCCGGCAUCGAGAUCUCGUCUCCCGUCGACAGCACCGAGCUCGAGAUCUUCGACCAGGAGAUCAAGAUCCCCGGCGCCUCGGCUGGGAUCCAGGUCGGCGUCUACGCCAACAUCGCCGAGCUGAGCACCAACGUCACGGCCCUCUCGUCGCCCGACCCGGCGGACGGCGACGGCGGCGGCUGUCUGCUCCGCGCCGUCAACGCCUACCAGUUCGCCCUGGGCGCCGCCGCCGGCGCGUCGGUGCAAAUCGGCGACCGCAUCUGGGGCCCCGUGCCCAACACCCAGAUUCCCAUUUUCUACACGACCCUCGCCGAUGGCUGCGCCAGCCGGCGGGCGCCGCCCCCAAUCACGACGGUGGCGAGCGUAUCGUCCAUCACCACCACCGCCGCCUCGACAAGGGCCGAGGGAGACGAGGAGCUGACGACGACGACGCUGAGCAAGAAGGUCACGUACACGGGGAUCGAGUGCCUGACGACGGGCCUCGUCAACUGCCCGCCUCAGCUGCAGACGCUGCGCAAGUUCGUGGCGACCGAGACCUUCGUCACCGCCAUCGCGGCCGGGGUGAAGGCGACCUUUCCGGCCGCGACGCAGGCUGUUGUCCAAGAGGUGGUGGACUUCGGAUCCGGCGCCGAGUCGUUGACAUCGACCAGCGGAGUCCCGAAGGCCUUCACUCCGGUCGUCUCUGUCAUUGGCACCGGCACCAACCCUGCCGACGUGUUGAAGGGCGAGAUCGGAGGCGUUGACAAGAAGGUCAUCGUUGGUGUUAGCAUCGGCGCUGGCGUCGCCCUGUUGGCUGGUGCCAUUGGCAUUUGCAUGUAA